AUGGAUGCUUCCGCUACCAACUUCCAGUCGCUCCCCGUACCCAGAGACUCACAAGGCUUUGUGAAGAGCUUCACUCUCUCCAGCUGCGACUGCCCGGAGGCCCGUGAGGCGCGCGCAUUUUUCGAUCAGUUCGGCUUCGUAGUUGUUGCAAAUGUCUUUACUCCGGAGCAGUGCGCAAACACGAUCUCGGACAUCUGGGACAUUAUCGAGUCCUAUGUAGGAGAGCCUGUGCGAAACGAUGAGACACUUUGGAGUCACAAGCUCUGGCGCAGCACAGGUAUUCCAGAAGAGGGCAUCAUUGGUGGGGCCAGUCUCUGGACUCGGCAAAUUUUACUCAAUCGACAGACUCCGGCCCUGCAUGCUGCCUUCGCAGCCAUGCUUGGAACGGAGAAUCUCCUAGUUAAUCAAGAUCGCUAUGGAAUGUCCCGACCCGCCCAGGAGCACCCCGAGCGCACAACCAUGACCAACCUCCACUUGGACAUGAAUCCAUGGAGUCACAUCGAAGGUUUGCUCUGCUCUCUUUUCCGUAAUUCAGGAUAG